AUGCGUAUUUUGGAGUUUUGUAAUUUUUGUGCAAUAUUUGCGCUGGUCUUCUAUUCAAUGGAAUCUGAGGCAGCACAACCCAACGUAGACGAUAUUCUGAUGAAAAAUAUAACGAACCUACAUUUCCAACUGUUUUCUUCCAUUCAAAGGAAAACGAAAAUGAUAAAGACAGCUGUCUUUGAGACUCAGUGCAGUGGAUCAGGCUGUACGUUCAAUGGUUGCGAGUCUAGUGGAUCCGAAACCUGUGAUGGACAGAUGUUCACAAAGUUGAACACGAUCCAAUCAAGUAUCAACAACUUUUGGAAAAGGAAGCCAAAAGCGAUUACUUGUAAAGAAGGAUGGAAACGUUACAAUGGACACUGUUACCAUUUAUUCAGUGCAAAAAUGAGCUGGUUUCAAGCACAGAUAUUCUGCAGAAACCAAGGGACAACUUUGCUUCAAAUUAAUAAUGCAAACGAAAAUAAAUGGCUUUCGAAGACCUUUCCAAACGUGUAUUACUGGAUUGAUUUUACUGACAUUGGCACGGAGGGGAAAUGGGUAACAUUGUCUACCGGAAAAAGUGAGUACACGAGUUGGAUCAGUGGACAGCCGGAUAACUACAAAGGAAAAGAGAACUGUGCAGUCGGCAUGUACCAAAAAAAACUUUGGAACGAUGAAAAAUGUGACUUGAAAUAUCAAGUCAUGUGUGAGGCAUCAGGUUCAGGAUUUUGACCAUAGAAAGAUUCAAGAUGGAAAUUGAGUUGAAAU